AAUAACGUUUGUUCUUUUUCCUUGCUCCACCGUGUUAGGGUUUUGCAGAGUCGGCAUUUUUGUUUACUUCACAUUUCACAACAACACUUCACACUUCACACUUCACUCACACCAAACACAAUGAUUUUGGCUUUCAUAUAAUGCCAUUCCUUGGGACCCCAAACAUUGUUUCGACAAAUACUUCAAAAUAUCGUCCGUCUACGGUACGCUAUUUUGCCCCUUCAUGCUUUUCUCGUUGCUCUUCUAGAUUCUAUUCGUUUCGGGAAACUUGGUUUUCGAUUCGAUGAAUAUCCAUCGACACUUUAGCACAGUGGGCUUCUGGAAGCUUCCACUGCAAGGAAACCCGAUUCUACCAUUGGCCAAAUCGCGGUUGUUACGCAUUAUUCAGAGAUGAUGGGUUCGAAUUCGUACCAUGAAUUCGGUAACCCUUUUAGGUUCAAAGAGGGUCCAUAAAUGUUCCCAUUCUUUGAUUAUUUUGCGGAGAUUAUGUAACCAUCCGUUUGAUGGUGAUGGGUUCGAAUUUAUUGAGGAACCUUUGAAAAAACUGGGUUCAGAUUAUGAUUCCACCGUGGAUGAAAGGCUCCAUGUGAACGAGGAUUGGGGUUUUAAGCAAAAGCAAUUCUCACUUAGAAAAGGAUUCUUAGAAACUGUUAAGUUAGAUGCUAAGAGGGUCCUUGAGGUUCUCCGGCAAGAUGGUCCCGGUCUGGAUGCGAGGUUGGUUUUAGGUGAGUUGCAUGUAAGGCCAUCAGGGCUUCUUGUGAGGGAGGUUCUCUUUGGAAUUUUGAAGAACAUAAAUUGUCAGAAUAAGACCAGGUGUGCAAAGCUGGCAUAUAAGUUUUUUGUGUGGUGCAGUCAGCAAGAGGGUUACCAGCACACUGUGAAUGCGUAUCACCUAGUUAUGAGCAUAUAUGCUGAGUGCGAGGAGUUUAAGGCAUUGUGGAGGUUGGUUGAUGAGAUGAUUGAGAAAGGGCUUCCGGCUACUGCUCGUACUUUCAAUAUAUUGAUCCGUACUUGUGGUGAGGCAGGAUUGGCUAAGAAUUUGGUGGAGAGGUUCAUAAAAUCAAAGACAUUUAACUUCAGGCCUUUUAAGCACUCCUACAAUGCAAUCCUGCAUGGUCUUCUUGUUUUAAACCAGUACAAGUUGAUUGAAUGGGUUUAUCAACAGAUGUUGCUUGAUGGAUUUCCUUCAGAUAUUUUAACUUAUAAUAUUGUCAUGUAUGCCAAGUACAGACUAGGAAAGUUGGAUCAAUUUCACAGACUGCUUGAUGAGAUGGGUAGAAAUGGAUUUUCUCCAGAUUUUCACACUUUCAAUAUUCUUCUUCAUGUUCUUGGCAAGGGGGACAAACCGCUUGCAGCUCUCAAUCUUUUAAAUCACAUGAGAGAAAUGGGUAUAGAACCAACGGUGCUUCAUUUCACUACAUUGAUAGAUGGACUCAGCAGAGCUGGGAAUCUGGAUGCUUGCAAAUACUUUUUUGAUGAAAUGAUAAAGAAUGAAUGCAGGCCAGAUGUGGUGGCUUACACUGUAAUGAUAACAGGAUAUGUAGUGGCUGGUGAGAUUGAGAAAGCACUGGAAAUGUAUCAAGAUAUGAUUUCUAGAGAACAAGUUCCAAAUGUUUUUACAUACAAUUCAAUAAUUCGGGGAUUAUGUAUGGCAGGAAAAUUUGAUGAAGCGUGCUCAAUGCUCAAGGAAAUGGAGACCAAAGGUUGUAGUCCAAAUUCUGUUGUCUAUAAUACAUUAGCGAGUUGUUUGAGGAAUGCUGGAAAGACUGCCGAUGCUCAUGAAGUGAUAAGACAGAUGACGGAGAAAGUGAAGCAUGCUGACAUACAUUCAAGAUUCAAAGGACAUAAAGCUUAGUAUCUGUUAACUUAUAGGCAUCAACUUUUGAUCUGGUUAACUGAGACCAAUGACCUGCUGUUUGUUCAGCUGAUUAGAAGCUGGAGAAAUGAAAGCAAGGAACAGCAGCUUAUAGAAAUUGCCAACAAUAGCCAGUGAUGCAGUAAUUUCUUGUGUUGCUUUCUGUUCACAUGCUUAAGUUGGUUGCUUUUCUGUGGCUUCAGAGACAGCCAUUUAAUUUGCUGCCACAUUCCGGAUGAAGAUUGGAAAGCUUAUAUUCUUUUAUUGUCAGGUUAUUAUUAUGGUUCAUUUGUUGGCUUGAUAUUUUGUACUGUGUUCAUAAAUGACAGGCAUAUCUGUCAUUAUGCAGAAUGGGAGCUCCAAGUCCAAACAGUUAGCUUAGGAUGCUAUGCACUAAUGCAAAUUUCAUCUAGCAUGAGAUAUUUUUAAUUUUUAUUGCAGAUUCCUAUGCUGUUAGGCAUAUUGAAGUUUAUAACUUCAUAGUAGAUAACAACUCUUCUUGGCCUAAAAACACUAUCAUCUGUAUAAUCAAAUGGCAUUGAAGAUAAAGUACAUGAUUACGUGUUUAUUUUUCUCUUUUUUGAAUGCCACUUUCCAAAGUGGUAGUUACUAGUUAGUGUUGCUAUAAUUGUUGACAACUAAUUGCAAUUGCUUUUGUUGUUCACCAAUUUCCAUCUUUUUUCAUUAGAAAAUUUUCCUAGUUAGGAAUCACAAAUGUCAGAUUCAAUUGUUUUUUUCAAGGGUUCCUCCUCUUCAAUCUCCUACAUACAAAUUUUGGCUUAAUUUUCUCUGAUUUGUCAUGCUAAGUGAUUCUUAUGUAGGCCACUUUAGUGCAGUGUUUCAGGUACAUAGUCUCAAGUCUUUCCAAACUUUUUGAAGAUAAUUUGAAUGGGACACAAAUUGCACAUAAAGCUGGCAAAUUAUCUGUAUUUUUGGGUGUACUACUUUUUUACUGAUAUGAGAAUUGGACUUGAUUAGCUUCAACAUCUAUUGUUCAACGCAAUUUUAAAAAAAGAAUAGCUUUAUUCCUCACUCAUCCCUAAGGCUCUUUUUUCAUACCCCCUCCCCUUUUAACUAUUAGUAUUAGGUUUAUUUUUGAAACUGCACUCACAAAAAUUAUAACUUUGUUCUUGCAGUUAAACAUUAUACAGGAUAAUACGGCUUCAUAGGGUUGAGGUUAUUCAAUUUUUCUGCUGAUGGGAUUGGCGACUCAGAAUCCUGAACGUUAGUAUGUACAUUCAUCGUCCAGGUCCAGGGGCUCAUGUAUCUGCCUUUGUAUUUUUUAUUUUUUUUACCAUUAUUCUUGAUUGAAUUGGUCAGUUACAAAUGAACAGAAUAUUACAUACUUGCCGUUUGGCAUGCCCCUAUACUUACAUUCAAGAUACAAUAGCCGAAUUGGACAAUUGGUCAUGCAAUUUUUUUUUGGUUACUAGAUUCCCCUAGGGGCUAGGACCCAGGGAGGAAGAAUAAAAAUUCAAUGUUUCAUAGUUGGGUGUUGCACCCUACUGCGAAGCAAGAACUCUUGAAACUUUGAACUUAUUUUUCUCAUCCAAGAAAACAAACUUUAAAUUCUUGAAAA